UGACAAGUUAACAACUAAGUUCAAGUUGCUCCAAAUAUUUUUUAAAGUUCAAGAUAUUGGAUUCAAAUAGACGAAAGCUAGUAAACCUUCAAAAUAGUAAAUACAUAAUGCGUACGUACUCUGUACUACGUAAAAAGUUAAAAAUACUCUCCAUAAAAAAUACGAAAAGACAAAACUACCCUUGGUUAAUUUCAAACCCCUCCCUCUCGUGACUCGUCUUCCUCAAAUUCACCCUCUCAAAAUCAAUUCUCAACUGAUGAACAACUCAUCAUCAGUCAUCACUCUCUUUUACUAACGUAAGAUCCAAUCACAUCCUACAAAUUUCAAACUCCCACCUUCACCAAUUAAGAGUUUAUUAUUACUCUAAUUACUUCAAUUAAUCGCAUAAUUAGUUUAAAAUUACAGUUCAAAUCAAUUUUUGUUUGAUUAAUUUUGCAUAAUUAUUUCAGCAUAAGAUGGAAUUAACGCUAACACGCCCUGAUGAUUGGCACCUUCAUCUUCGUGACGGCAACCUUCUUGCUGCCGUUGCUCCUUUCAGUGCUACAUAUUAUGGGAGGGCAAUUGUAAUGCCAAAUCUAAGGCCUCCAAUUACUACUACAGCUGCUGCUGUUGCGUACCGAGACUCGAUUUUGAAGGUUUUGCCUUCGAAUAGCGAAUUUGAUCCUCUUAUGACACUCUAUUUGACUGAUACUACUACCCCUAAUGAGAUCAAGCUUGCUAGAGAAAGUGGGGUGGUUUAUGCUGUCAAAUUGUACCCAGCUGGUGCAACAACUAACUCACAGGAUGGUGUUACUGAUCUUUUUGGAAAGUGUUUGCCUGUGCUCCAAGAGAUGGCUGAACAAAAUAUGCCUCUCUUGGUCCAUGGGGAGGUUACAGAUCCUGAUGUGGAUAUUUUUGAUCGGGAAAUGUUAUUUAUUGAGACAGUUUUAAGACCUUUACUACAAAAACUUCCUCAGCUUAAAGUUGUGAUGGAACAUAUCACUACAGCUGAUGCUGUCAAAUUUGUUGAAACAUGUGAUGAAGGUACUGUAGCCGCCACUGUGACUCCACAACACCUUGUUCUGAAUAGGAACUCUCUCUUCCAAGGAGGCUUGCAGCCACAUAAUUAUUGUCUUCCAGUGCUUAAAAGGGAAAUCCAUAGGCAGGCACUUGUUUCAGCAGUAACUAGUGGGAGUAAAAAAUAUUUUCUCGGGACUGAUAGUGCUCCUCAUGAGAGGUGGAAGAAAGAAUGUUCUUGUGGAUGUGCUGGAAUCUUUAAUUCGCCUGUUGCUCUGUCAUUAUAUGCCAAAGUAUUUGAAGAGGCUAAUGCACUUGACAAGUUAGAGGCAUUUACAAGCUUCAAUGGUCCCGAUUUCUACGGUCUUCCAAGGAACACAUCUAAGAUUAAGUUGCUAAAAGAACCAUGGAAGGUCCCAGAGUGUAUAUCUUUCCCAUUCGGAGAAAUUGUUCCUAUGUUUGCUGGGCAAAUGCUUGAUUGGAAGACAUCCUCUUGAUACUGUACGGAUCCCCAUCUAUAUUUACCGUCUUUACUUUCCAUUUCAUUUUUACCUUCUUAAUUUUUGCAAAUUCUUUAAAACAUUAAAGCUUCACCUCUUUAAGCAGGAAAUAAUAAAAGGCACUAAUUAUGGGUUCCAUUAUAUAUCGGAGUUUGACAAUGCCAAGCACUCAACCUCUCUAUCUCCCUGUUUUGUUAAACUUUGUACUGAUUUUAAUUUAAUUUUAUUUAUUUUGGUUAGUUCAACACAUUUUUAUGUCUUUCUUGCAUUGAGUGUUAGUUACAUGUUGUACAAGAUACGUUUAGUGGUAGGUCUGAAUCCUUCUGACACCACAAUGAUUUUACUCCUAUGUGAACUAUAUGGUCUAUCUUUCAAACUAUUGAUUGGCCAAAUGUAUCCAUGCAUUGAUGUAUGCAAGAGCAUCAAAAUAUGAUCAUUUAAAUUUGUUUUCCUGUAAAAGGAAAUUUAAUUGA